UCAUUUAUCAGGCGAUAUGCUUUCAACAUGAACAAGGUUGUCAAGCGCGAGAAGGGCGGCUCGCUUCAUACGAAGUGGCGGUCCUCUGGCCAUGAAGGCGGGUGUUCCUGGCUCAUUGCACUGAACCGCAAGCGUGAAUCAAAAAUAAGUGCGGGGACGAGCAAAACAAAGCGUAAGAAGCCUAAGUCUAAGUUUUCACAUGUUCCUGAUGGAGCCUGGUAUAUCUCGAAAAUUGCCGAUGGUCAUGCCCAGUUUUGUAGCAGUUCCGCGCGGAUAACGAGUGAAUUUCUAGAGGAACAGCCUGGUUUCCGUGCGGCUAUUGUAAAGGGCCACAGUACCUCAUUACCGCGUGUCGUCAACAACAUGAGUUUCCUGCAGGAAUUUGCCAAAGCCAAUGCUGGUUCUCAUGUGUGCUGCCAAUUGGAUGACAAGGGAAGGUUUUUUAGAGCCUUUUUAUCGAUCGGUAGUGUGGUGAGUAUCCAAGAUGCUUUAUUACCGGUCUGGGAGUGCGAUGGAACUCACAUGAAAGGUCCAAUGUACAAUGGAAUCUUUGCCGUUGCUUAUGUGCACAAGGAGACUGUUGGGAAUUUUGCGUGGUUUCUUGCGAACUGCAUUGUUGCGGGGUUGAAUCUACAAGACCGACCGACAUUUUGUGAUCGAGGUAAGCAGUUGGGUGCACAAGUGGUGUUGGCGAAAGUAGGACUGAAGGUACAUUUGAAGUUCUGCAGUGUGCACAUCCGUUUUAAUGUGAUGGACACGUUCAAAAGUCUGAAACUCAAUAUGCAGAGCGUGAAAAACGACAUCUUAGCAUUGCAAGACGCUUCAACUACUGCCGGAUUUGAUCACGUCGCCUCCAGUAUCGAAGGCCGGUAUCCUACUGGUAUCAGCAAGAUUGUUGCUGACCAGCUCGUGGAAGAGCAAGUCUUCCGUUAUCUACGUAGUAUCCAUCCUACGGAUUGGUGCGUUGUCGGCUACAUGCAGCCAACAGCGGAGGAAAAGAAAUGGCUGGCAGAUUCGUGGGAUCCCUUCUCUAGUCAUGGCGAUCCUUUGACGUUGUUUGGUGUUCGAACAACUAGUGCGGCUGAGGGGGAAAACAAUGGGUUGCUCUGGAAAGGUGUGCGAAAUAAACUUGUACUUGGCUCCAUGAUGACGUACUGCGCUCGGGCUAUUGAGGUCGUCCAAAAGCGUAAGGUG